AUGAAACAAGCUGUGAUUUUUAUAAUUUCGCUGCUGGCAGCCAUGUCGUCGGCUAUAGUCGUAUCAACUUCUGAAAGUCCAGCUCCAACAUUCGAACCAUCACCAUCACCAUCGACAUCAGGCUCAACAUCAGGUUCACAUCCACCUUCAGCUCCAGCACUAUUAUUUCGACCCCAUAGUGAUACUCGUGUCGCUAGUCUGUUUUCACGCUAUAAUAUACUUUUGGGACAAUACAAUUCGAAAGUCGCUGAAUGCAAAGUUUUAAAACAGGAUUGUGAAGACCUCGACAGCAUCGCACGUAUACAAACACUUACACAUACUCUGACUCUAGAUAAAUGCAACCGUGAUAAAGGCUCAUCAAAAAAAAUGCGAUUAAAGGCCACCUCCAACUGUAUGAAAGAAAAUUUAAAAAAGGCCAAGGAUGUGUAUCUUCAAUCCCUUGCGAAAAAAAUCCAUAUAUGUGGUGAAGUCAGUCGACUCAAAGCAAGAAUGAACGAGGUCGAGGCUAAAGUUCAAAACUUGCUAUUCAAUAAUCAACAAUAG